AUGGACGAACAACGCACGCCUUCAUAUGACGUGGGUCCUAUUGGGGGGCGUUUCCAACUGGGAAGGCUAAUCGGACGGGGCGCUUUCGGUCUCGUAUACGCUGCUGUUGACCUGGACACUGGAGGCCAGGUUGCAAUGAAGCUGGAGCAUCGCAGCUUCCUUGAGCAGCUACAUAAUGAGAAGGAGGUGUAUGAGGAGUUGCAACGUCGAAAUGGUGGCUCUCAAAUGAAGGGGUUUCCGAUGAUACAAUGGUUUGGACAAGAGGGAAAUCUCAACGUCCUUGCCAUGGACAUGCUGGGGCUGUCGCUGGAAGCCCUCUUCAACUCGUGCGGGAGAAGAUUUACUUACAAGACAACACUGCUCAUAGGGUGCGAGGUUCUUGACAGGCUACAGACUCUCCAUGCGUGUGGCUAUGUCCACCGUGAUCUGAAGCCACAGAACCUCCUCAUAGGCUCUCUGGACCACAAACACUCGGUGCAUCUCAUUGACUUUGGCAUGGCUCAACGGUUUGCCGACCUCAUCACAGGCAAGCACCUUCGAUACCACGAUGGUUUCGAUAUGCUGGGGACAGCCUGCUACGCCUCAAUCAAUGCUCACCGGGGUGUAACUCAAACACGACGCGAUGACCUCAUCUCAUUGUCCUACAUCCUCAUGUAUUUCCUUCGUGGUUCACUUCCCUGGUCAGAGCACACAGCGUCUAGUAAGCCUGGGGCCAAUGCGCGGCUGGCUAAGGCUAAGGCAAAGGUCCCACGUCUAUACAAGGACCUUCCGUCUGAACUCACCACGGUUGUGGAUUACGCCGCCCGGCUCGCCUUCGACGAGACACCUGACUACGACUACAUCCGGAACAUGUUUGAACUUGGCCUGAUCAGGAAUGGCUUUCAUCGGAGCUCCAAGUAUGACUGGGAGAUGUCUCCUGCAGAGCUGGGCCAUAGAGUGUACGUCUGCCUCGCCAUUAUUGUACACAAGACUAGAAAUUGA